CUGUGUCCAGCAACAUUCCCAAGGGUGGGCAGACAGGGGUUGAGUUCUUUCCUCAGCAGAUAUAAGGCCUUGGUCCCAUAACUUCUCAAGUGCAUUGUCUUUACAGAGGAGACACAGCUCAACAUACAAACUGAUAUACUGAUAUCCAUCAAAAUGUGGUCAUCCCAGGCAGUGCUCCUCGCAGCCUCCUGUGUCUGUCUGGCUCAGGUCAGAAUCAAAACCCAAGAAUCACAUGCAAUUGAUGAGAUCUCAGGCGAUUCAGACCUGCGCUUCAGGCGUAUGGUUGGGGGCACCCUGGCCCCUCAUGUCCCCUGGCAUGCCAUGGUCUACCUGAGUGAAAACGUCAUGGACGGGGGCUUCGCUGGGGGAGCUCUAAUCUCUGACCGCUGGGUCCUGACCGCUGGCAGGAACUUGUUUGUCAGGAAGAGUAGGCAGGACACCCAGGGGAAAGAACCAAUCAUCCCCAAGGUGUACCUAGGCAUCACGCGACGCUCCCAAGCCAAUGCUUCCAAAGAAGUUGCUGUUGAAAAGGUGGUUCUGCACCCAGGCUUCCAGAACGUGUCAGACUGGGACAACGACCUGGCUCUGAUUCAGCUGAAGCGGCCAUUCACACUGAGCGAGGAUGUGAUGCCCAUCCCUCUGCCUGAGAGGGGUGAGGACCUGGCUGAGGCAGCCCAGAAGAAAGGCAUCAUCACAGGCUGGGGCUUGGGGGUCCACUUCACCCCCGCUGAGUUACUGAAACACCUGGUGUUGCCUGUGGUAUCGCACGGCUUCUGUAAAGCAGAGUACAACCCCCGUGGCCAAGGGCUGAGCAGGACUCCUACCAUAGACGACAACAUGUUUUGUACUGGAGCCAGCAAGUACCAGGAGAAUGUGUGCUUUGGGGAUGCAGGCGGUGCCCUGGCAGUCCAGGACCCCAAAGACAGCAGAGUGUAUGCUGCAGGGAUCCUGUCCUUCGAUAAGGCCUGUGCCAGGGAGAAAUACGCUGUCUACAUGAAGCUCUCUGCCUACGUGCCUUGGAUCAACAGUGUCCUCAGGGGCGACAGUGAGACAUCAGCCAGUCUCCGCUCCAGUGUAAUGUCUGACAUGUAUUCCAGGCAGUUGUAGCCUCCACUCAGCACAAUCUCCAUUAUGCCUUUGCAAACAAAGUCAUUCUCUGCCUUGAUCUUGUCAAACUCUCUCAAGUUAUGACUUUCUUUGAGUGUGUGUCCUCGCCUGAUUGAGUAUGUCUUCCGAUGUUGAUUUCAAAGGAUUUUCAAUAAAUUAAUCUCUCUUAA